CUCUGUCCUACAUAACCGCCGGCGGUGGUAAUUUCCACUACAACGGCAGAACCCUCUUGGGGCCGAUUGUCAAACUUUAAGGGACAUGUAUCUAAUGGCCUCUUCCCCGCCUGAAGAUUGACAUCUCAGCUUCCAUGCCUUCGUUUCCAAACUACUCUCGUUCCUAGACCAUGUCUCUGCGUCCUAAGGACAAGCGGUCGCGGUCCAAGUCGCCGGGACGCGGUCGCACACGCUCUCACUCCAGCAGCCAGGCACACCACAGCUCAGCUGCAGCCCCGCAGUACGAGGUUAGGCAACCAGGAGGACAGCCGUACGCGACAACACCGCAGAACAACGUCCAAUACGCGCCCAUCCCACCGCAGUUCGCAUACACUGCUACGCCUGCCUCUCAUGCCGCGCACGCGAGGACUCCGUCGACGGGCGGGAACGCGCCGCAGUAUGCGCAACCGCAGCCGCAGCCGCACAAUUCUAAUGCUUUCAACGCGUCGCAGGCCCAGUAUGCUGCCGUGCAGCCAAGUGUAGCCCAGCCCGUGUAUGCGCCUCAACCUCCAGUCCAGCAACCUAUGCGUGCGCCGCCUCCAAUGGCUCCGCAACCUAUGCGCGCGCCGCCCCAGACAGCCCAGCAACCCGUGUAUGCGCCGCAACCACCGGCCCAGCCCACGUAUGCGCAGCAACCACAAGCUCAGCAACCGGCGUAUGCGCAACAACCAGCGCAGCAACAGACGUAUGCGCAACAGCCGGUGCAGCAAACUAGGCAUGCGCCAUCGCCAACAGCUCAGCAGCCCAUGUAUGCGCAGCCUCCAAUGGGAUCGCGCUCUCCGCGCCCAGAACACCACCGCGCAAUGUCGCAACCAAUAGGCUCGUAUGACGGUCGCAAGCUGGUCGAGAUCGUCCCAGGCGGCGGCGGCGGUGGGGGAAACCUCAACAUUGCGACUGCAGGCAGGUCGGGAGGGUUCCAAGACGGGGCUCUACCGCCGCCGAGUCCAUUACUGGAGGCAUACCACGGCACAUAUCAAUCCAUAAGUCCCAUGCCCCAAGCCAUGAUGCUCGACGACGACUUAUCUCAUCUGUCGGUGCUCGACAGCCACUCCCCACGAUCCUCCAGUCGCUCCAGGCAUGGCCGCCAUCGCUCACUCUCACCCUUACCACCACCAUCAAAUGCCUUGUCGCGGCCGGCACACAACGACAAGCUCGCUAUGGAAGCAUCCGGCCGUGGCGGGCGACCCCAAGAGAACGAAAAGCGGAGGGUAAAGGCCUACGACGCAACCGAGGACGCCUUUGCGCUCGUCGACGCCAUGGCUGGUCGAGCUCCUAAUCCAGACCCCAUGAUCGACAUCCUACCAGCGUUAUCGCACGACGAGAUGCUGGAGCUGAGGUCCGAGUACAAGCGCCACUGCAAAGUCCAAGGCCGCGGCAUCAACAUCGCCAAACAUAUCAAGUUGAAAACGACUGGUAGCUUCGGCAAAGUCGCCUACGUCACCGCACUGGGCAAGUACGAGGGCGAAGGCUACUGGGCAAACUACUGGUACCAGUCGCAUUCUGCGCGCCGCGAGCUGCUCAUCGAAGCGCUCAUGGGCCGCCAGAACCACGAAAUGCGCGAGAUCAAGGCAGCCUUCAAGGACAAGCGCUAUGGCGACUCGCUCACGCGCUGCAUGGACAAGGAGCUCAAGGCGGACAAGUUCCGCAAAGCCGUUCUCAUGACCCUCGAAGGCGAGCGCCAGGAGGAAACAGAUGUGUGGCCGCCUGAAUACGUACAUCGUGACGUUGACACGCUGUAUAAAGCGAUCAAGGCACGCGAGGGCGGCGAAAGCACUAUUCUGAGCAUCGUCCUUAUGCGGAGCGAUGCGCAUCUGCGCGAGGUGCUGCGCACGUACGAGAGAGUGUACCAGGGUAGCUUUGCUCGAGACGCCCUGCGCAAGAGCAACAACCUAGUCGGCGAAGUCGUAGCCCACAUCCUCAACGGCGUCAUCAACCGCCCUGCACGAGACGCAAUGCUCCUCCACCACGCGCUCAUGGACCUCAUCGAGCCCACGCCCGAUGGGCCCCGCACAUCCUCCAACCGCGUGUCCGCCCGCGAAACGUCGUCCAGCAAGCAUGAGCGCCAGCAGCGCGUCGAGUUGCUCAUCUCGCGCCUCGUGCGCUUGCAUUGGGAUCGUGCGCAUCUCAUGCGCGUGCAGACGGAGUAUGAGGAGAAGUACGGACGUGUGGUGGAGGAGGAUUUGGAGGAGGCGACGAAGGGGGAUUUCAGGGAGUUUUGCAUCGCUAUCUGUCAGUCGGCGAGGUAGGUGGGAGGGAGGGGGGUGAUUAGGGUGGAGCUUCAGUGUAUAGUAUGAUGAGAGGCUGAGUGCCUAGAAUGUUGUGUUUCGAUACCUAGCUUGGA